AUGCGAAGUUUCACCAAUCCAUAUUAUAUGCUUUGUGUGUAUAAAUAUACACACGAGUGUUGUUACAGACUCAAACAAUAUCUUCUUUUGUUCCAUCAACAACAAAAAACCUGUCCAGAGCUUUCUGUUUUCCUUUUUUUUUUUUGCAUAAUGGAGUUUGUGAUUUCUAAACCAGUCCAAUAUGAGAAAGUAGCAGCAGAGCGCUUAAAAGAGGAACAAGUGUCCAAGGAGCUACAUCUGAAAUCGUCUCAAACGCAGACGCUGAACAAAAAAGCCGUCCUCAACCGCAUCCGCAACCACAAAUGUAUUCAUAACCUCAAGAGUCUUCUUCACACCUCCGCAGCUAACAGCGGAUCCACCGUCGAUGCUGGGUACCGGUGGAUUGAUAGUGGUGAUAUCUUUUCUUGUCCAUGAAAAUAUACAAGAGACUUUAGCACGUGUACAUGUAUGUUUGUCUCUACAUGUAUCCAAAUUAAUUCAAGUUGUCUUAAAUGAAUUUGGUAAUGAUCA